GUCGUCGUCGGGUCUCUAGAAGGUCGUGAUCAGCAGCUGAUGCGUUUUCGAAAUCGUCUUCUCGGUUAUUGCGUGCUCCGAUCGAGGGUUUACAAGCCGGGUUUCCCGUCGUUCAGUCUCGAAAUCGGGCCGGAACAAAACGACAUCAAGAGAAUCGCGAGAAAACGUGGCGCGUAGGACAAGCAAUCGGCGGUGGUCUACUCGAUUAAAUUCUCUUGGUAAGCAGCUAGUGUGUUCCGCGCACGAGAGAGCGGUGCACGCCCGAAGGCAAAUACCUGUGUGCCGCCGCCUGGUUUCGAGUCGAUCCAGGGACGGGGGGAGGGAGGGAGGUGGACGGGGUCCCUCUGACACGUCGCAUCCCGUAGGCCUGCUGCUGCUUUUCUCCACUCGAUCGGCGAAACGUGCCCGGUUAGGCCUCUGUGGAACGGUAUCUCCGUGUUCGCCGUCAGGUUAUACGUAGUACGUGUGUACAUACAUACACAGCGCGCGAGCGUGCAGAAGCAAUCCUCGUCGCGUGGCUCGGGAGAGUGUCCAUCCAGGUUGAAGACUGUGAGAAACCCUUAUCGCAUGUGGUGUGAUAUUCAGUGACCGAUUUUUAACGUCGCCUACCUACGAUAACGCGUGUAUAUACGUUGCUCGCCGGUUCAGUGAAGCCACGCAUGGUCUUUGGAACCGUCUAGCUAGCCUCUGAGAAACACACACGGUGAAUUUUACAAGGUUAAAAAAAGCUAUUGAUUGUGUGCAUAUGGUAUAUGCAGCGGAACCACCUGUGGAUUUCCGUGUGAAGCAUCGAGAGUGACAGUGUGGAAAGGUGGCAUGAGAGGAACAAGAAGAGCCGUGGUUGACACGCGAAAGAUGACGUCCGAGUCGAAUUAGAACAUCGAAUUGGGCUGUGCCCGUCGUCGACUAGUGGUGUGCAAAUCCAGGUCGAAUGAUGACCAUGUUCGGGACCCUCGUACAGAGGCUCACCUCGCCAGUGACCUCGCCGACCAGCCCCAGGCGACGUUUCAAGUCACCGUCCCGAUGGGAGGUGCAGAGCGACCCCGAAGACGACCCAGCCGCCCCGGUUCGGAAGUCUAGGGCGAAGCAUUUGCUGGACAAACGCAAGAGCAAGAGCCGAGCCCGUGCUCUGAACGUGCAGUCAGAGCAAAUGACGAUGUGCAACGGCGGAUGGCACGACGCCGCGUUUCCGCCCCUUCGGGGCACCAAGAGUCUCGGCAGGCUCGACGGUAUGAAAGAGGUCCAGAGGCUGGCCGAAUACGAGAGGUAUCUGGGCCAGGAGGCGAGGAAUCUGGUGGAGAACGGAAACGGUAGCGUCGGUAGCGGCGCGGUUCUCCAGCGCGGACAGCUCGAGGGCGAUCUGCAUCGCAUCCAAGAACUGUUUCCCGGCGAUAACCUGCGGCUCCACGAACGAGAUGUCCUCACCACGAAAAUGAAGAGCCUAAUCCGCAAGAGGAACGGCGGUAAUCCCGGAAGGCUGACGAGAGUACUGUCCCAAAAGUCGUUGAACGUGUCGAACAACUCGCCAGCUCCUAAAUCGCCACCGAGGACGUUUCUCUUGGAGACCCCGGUCCAGUUCACCACGGGUGUCCAGUCGCAGGAACGACAUCUGUUCCUGUUCUCGGACCUGUUGCUCAUAGCGAAGGCUCGAAGCGGCGGUAACUUCAAGCUGAAGCAAUCGGUGAGGAUGAGCGAACUUUGGCUGACGGCUGGCCACAUAGAAGACGUGGCCGAGACGAGCAAAUCUCAGGAAACCAGCUUCGUUCUCGGCUGGCCCACCACGAACGUCGUCGCCACCUUCAUGACCGCAGCCGCCAGGGAUCUCUGGUGGGGACGUCUGACCGAGCUGGUACGAGAGGAGAGUAUGAAGGAGCCGCCGGACACGAACAUUCAAGUCGUGUAUCACGACAAUGACACGAACACGGAAUACUGUAAAACGAUAAUGGUGGGAUCCGAGAUGACCGCGGCAGCCUGCGUGAAUCUGGCCACGAGACUGUUGGACCUCCAAGGACCGUUUCAACUGUGGGCAAGAACGUCCGCGGAUGAGGCCCCGUAUCCGCUUAUCGGCCACGAAAGACCGUUCGCGGUGAAACUGUCCAAUCUGAGACACACAUUGUCCGCGGACGAGGGUUUCGAUUUAGAGCAUUGUAACAAGAGCGGUCACGAUACCUGCCAUUUCAUUCUCAGGCCGGUCCCCAAGUCACCGGUGAAGAAGAACAAAUCCAAGAUCACGGGACUGCUGAGAAGAUCGCUGUCUUUGAACCCCAGUCUGUUCGGCGUGAAUCUGUCCAGGCUGGACGAAAACGGUCUACCGAAACCGGUACUGGUGAUGCUACAGCAAUUGUUCGCCAAGGGUCCGUUCACCCAGGGAAUAUUUCGGAAGUCUGCGAACGUUAGGAUCGUACGUGAAUUACGGGAUCAGAUCGAGUCCAGCGGGGAUCCGAGUUGUCUCGAGGACGCGCCGAUCAUAGCUGUGGCAGCUCUGCUGAAAGACUUUUUGAGGUCGUUGCCGGACCCUCUGCUGACCUCCCAUCUGUUUCCGUUGUGGAUGGACAGUCUGGAAACGCCGAAUCCUAUUCAAAUCAUUAAAAAUAUUUUAGACAGAUUGCCGAAAGCGAAUUACACCCUACUGUCGCAUCUUAUCUGCGUGCUUCAUCACGUGGCACGUCGAUCGAAGCACAAUCUGAUGUGCGCCAGUAAUCUCGGUGUCUGUUGCGGGCCGAGUCUGUUGUGGUCGCCGAAUCCGUCGGUGAACCAGAGCCGGGCAAUCCCAACGCUCACGGAGAUGCUGAUCCGUCAUUGCGAGGUUCUGUUCGGCGAAGGUGUCACGCAAUUGCUCGGCGAGGAGCGCAGCGACAGCGGGGCCGAGGAGAGUACCGAUAGCCUUCACUCAGGUGGGCUUUCCCUGGACAGCCUGGACCUGACGGAACCACCGCGUAAAGACCAUAUGUCUCUGUCACGAGACUCCGGUCUGACGCUGUCCGAUUGCCAGUUGUUUAUACCGGAGUCACCGGUCGGCUCCGAGGAUUCCGCGGUGAACGCCUCGACCUCGAGCUUCGACAAGUCGAUAAUCGGCAAGGAGGACAAGUCCACCAGCAGCAAGUCGUACGUCCGCGUGUACGGUGGCUGGGAGGAGCGAAUGAACGGUUACACCGGGACCAAUCAUCACGCGAGCACGGUGGUCGAACACGGAAAUUUCCGGGAAGAGAAGAACGGCAACGUCGUGGGCUAUCCGAAUCCGAAUUUCCAACGGCAAGACUGGCUGAGGGCACAGCUGAAGAGAACCCCGCGAACGAAACUGGACGAGCACGAUCAUCAUCGAAAGGAGCGAUUCGACGAGAAGGAUAUAUACGGCCGGGAAUACCUGCGGCAAGACUCGAUGAAGGAGAACGUAGAGAACUGCAAGGACAUUUACAGAAGCUCGCAGCUUGAUAUAUCGCGCGACUUAAGGUCCGAAUACGAGAGAGCGUCGCAACAGGACAUCUGCACGGAACGCGUGUCCGUUCACAAUUCCGAGCAGGACUUGACGGUGGACGCGUCGUUGUCCGGCGACCGAUACGAGUUUAAAAAGGAACGGUUCAGCGAGUUCAAGAAGGUCAAGUCCGAGGUGUACGUGAAUCGGGACUCGCCCGUCUCGCAGAACGGUAGCUAUCAUUCGGGCAGCGAUCUGUACGAGUUCAAGAAGGUGAAAAGCGAGAUCUAUGUAAACAAAGAGACCACCAGGACCACCGAGCGUUACGAGUCAGAGGGCAACAUAUACGGGAACAGGGACAGAACGAGCGAGAUAUACGGAUCGCGGGAGAGGAACGAUCUGUACUCGUUCAAGCAAGCGGAGGCGAUCGAUUUAUACGGGGACGAGGACGAUGAGGAGGAGGAGGAGAGAACGUGGCCGGACACACCGCCGCCCCUACCGCCGAGACUGAGGCAUCUGCCGCCGGUGCAUAUGAAUCUGGAGGACAGGCACAAAGUGGCGGGCAGGUCAAGGUCGCUUCCGCCACCGCCACCGUACAGGCCGCCGCCUCAGCCUCGUGCCACGGUCACCACGAGACACUUGGGUUACGGUAGAUCGGUCGUAGACGACGAAAGCUACGUUUGAAAGGGGCCGUCGCGGGUGAUGAGGGGCUAGAAAACGUUGGUCCCUUCCGCGCACCACCUCGACACAGAAUCAAAGGGACGAUACAGUCGCCCGUCGAGACCCUUUAUUGGUUCCGUGUACCACCGCGAUCCGAUAGAACUUUGCGAGCUCGUGGAAAUGGUUAAAACACUUUUUACACGCGAUAUUCGCCGUUCGAAUUGGGAUUCUGUGAGUUAAGGGUUGUACAGAAGGUCCCAGUUCAUCGAGUUUGCCGGUAAUCGAACGAUCCGAAUGCCCUCGGCCGGCCCAUCCGAACGAUUCAUUUUGGGCCGCGACCAGAGAUCACGGAUACACGUUGGCACGUGUUGAUGUGAUCUCGUUACGACUGAAACUAGUCCAAACUGGAACGCACGCACGACAUUCGGGGAUAGUAAACGUAAUAUAUGUAUGAUACGUUGUCCGUCAUUUGUCGAACGAACGAACGAACGAACGAACGAACGAAGUUCGUUGCCGUCCGCCAUUUUCUAGAACGCGAACCGAACAAAUUUAUACAGUAGAGGGGAGGAGACGUACGCCGUUAUGUCUAGAAGAAAGUCAAAAAAUGGCGCGCUAUCCGAUUCAUGGCGAUUCUUGUAGCAAUAGACUUGCCUGUUACACAGUGAUUCAGGGUGCUUCCACGAACCUUUAUCGAUAGGUUUCUUCUUCUUCUUAUCCUUUUUUUUUUUAAUUAGACGUUCAUCAUAGAGAUGUUACAUUGUUAAGGAUAGACUGUAGCGGACAAGACUUGCGUCGAGAUGAUAUUAUUCGUAAUUCUUUUUCUUACGCGAACGAGACUAGCUGUAAAAGAAAAAAUAUAUAUAUAUAUGUGUGUGUGUGUGUGUGUGUAUGUACAUGCAAAGAGUGAAAUCGCGUGUCGUCGCUAAAAAAGAAGGGACAAAAAUGAAAUAAAUGGGUCUCCGUGGUUGUUCGAACGAAUGCCUGCUCUGUAGAAAUUAGAGAGAUUGUCGAUAUUAUUCGUUCCAUUCGUCGUUUUGUGAUCAUCGUUUGAACACACAACCGAUACGCACAUAUCCCUGUCGAAUUUGUCUCGCGAGUCUCGAGAGUCGCGUUUCCCUCUCGCUCUGUACAUUCGCGUCGAAUUUCUUCUUUUCUGAACCUUCUCCAUCGCCGGAAACUCGUUCACCCGCUGGGAUAAAUAUAAAACUCUCGUGUCCCAUUCUCUUCGAUUAAUUAUAAUUACCAAUUUUUCUUCUACCCCUCUUCUUCCCGUCCUUCUUUUUACCUUCUUAAAGCGUAUUUAGAACGUAUAAAAAAAUCGUAGAUUGUCUCGUACCGCGGAUGCAAGCGCGAUUAUCUUAAGGCAAAUAAGAUAUACACCAGAAAGUUGUCUGAGAGAUCACUGCGUAUAUUAAUCACGUCCAAAACGGAGUUUUCCUUCUUUGUAAAUAUGAAUAAUUUGUAAACUGUAAUCUUUUAUAUCGCUAAAAACUAUCCGUAUUACACGAUACACACGCCCUAUGCAACGCCCGUAAGGUAAUGUAUACUUUAUCUAAAUUAUACGACAUGC